GUGUGGCACUUGGUUGAUGAUCUCUUUUCAAGAGAGAGGAGUAAAUCUGUAGUCUAAUAAAAGCCCUGUGUACCUGAGUGCAGCCUCGGCACUCUGAGACAGACAUGCAAAAGGGGAGCUGAACACAAAGCAUGCUGGGUGUAGAGUGCACCUCCAGGGAAAUUGAAUGUGGAAAAUACAUAUACUAGAUCUUCAGAAGUCUUCAUUUUAAGAAAUUAAGGAUUGUUAGGAAGAGAAACGUGGAUAUUCAUUAGCAGAGCUGUUGAAGAACGUGGCAAUCCAAAUCCUUUCUGCAAUCCAUAAUUCAGUUGCUGGUAAGGAGACACUGAUUAUUGAACUGCCUUGACCAUAGUUCAAUUACUCCAUCAAAAAUAAGUAACUUUGAUAUUUUUUUUUUUUUUAUGAAGAACUUUUUUAGUAGUGCGUUAUUUUUUUGGAAUGCUUGAGUACUAAGUGAAUUACACUGGGAUGUCUCCUCUUCAAGCAUUUUGCUGCAAUGGCAGCAUACAAGUGGUUUCUGUUUUACAGAUGCAUCAGUUGAAUGUGAAGAUUUUGGCUUAUACCUCUCUUCGGAGUCGGUGGCUGUACAUGACACAGAGCACGGGGCUUAGGCUCGCAGCUCCUCUGAGUGAUGCCAUGAGGCCAGUGCUGUUGAAUCCCUUCUGAGUCUGAUAGUGGAUGUCAGGAGCCUAAUACGAUGCUUUUAUGCUGAGUCCUCAUCUCGGAGGACUUGCUUUGGCUUCACACGUAGGGGAGUUCUUUGUUCUCCCUCGGAAGGUCUGGGGCCGCGUUCUGACCUGGGCAGCUGGACUGUGAUGUUGGCACCGCUCCCCUGGGAACGCAGGCUCGCGGAGAUGUGAGCGACUGCUGAGCCCUGCGUAAAGAUGGGUAUCAUCAGUGAUAAAAUACAGUUCAGCUUCCUUUGGAUGUCAGUGCCAUCAGACUCUAGAGGUUGAAAUCGUGUUUUCGUGAUCUUGGUAAUUUGAGGAGUACUUUUGGGAUACAUGUAUAUAAGACAGAACUGUGCAGGUGCUGCAUAGGGAAUUAUGAUUUCCGUAUGCUCAACAGCAUUAUUUUAAGGGUUCCAGUAAUGAUUACUUACAUUGCUUUAUAGUUUGGUGGGAAAAUUAAACUGGAACAGUACUUCUUUACAGUGGAAAUUAAUCUAAAACAGGACGUAAAAUCUUACAGAGAAGGGAGGACUUAAUCUUUUUUAAAUUGUCAAAUAGAUCCCAUUUGCUGGAAUAUAGUGGAUUAAAACAUUCUAUUGCCUUGUUACAGGAACUAUUCACAUUCUGACCGACAUAGUAAUGUGUUGCAUCUUCUUUAGCAGUGUUGUACUUCAAGCCUGUCUUGGAGGAUUUUUCCUACUGGAAGGAUUAGGUCCUGAAGAUGAUACUGGUGGGAUUUCAGAAAUACUAAGUCUGAAGAUUUACAAAGAAUGAUUCUGUGGUUUUUUGACUACUGGAUUUGCGUGGCUUUAGAAAGUAGCAUGUCUGAUUGAUAACCCCAAUAUGAAGACCUUGGGGAACAGCCACAUCCUUGGGAUAUUACCUUGUGCUUUCUAUCUGCCAUUGGUAGUUUCCUUUGAAAAAGUUACCAUCCCAGCAGAGCUGAAGUCAGUUGUAGCGAAAAUUGCAGUCAACACCACAUCGUGCAGUGUCACCUGUGGGCUGGGCUUCAAACUGGAGGAGAUGUGCGAGAUUACUCCCGCCGGAGAGAGGAGGAAUUGUACCUUGCACAGGUCCGACUGCCUGACCAGCUGGGUUUGUGGCUUACUCCACUUCACCAUCCCCGUGGGCAAACCCUUCCAGUUCAGCUGCAUGACCUCGGACGCAGUUGGCUUUAGUAGCCGAGCCUAUAGCUAUAGGUGGAGGCUUGCCCAAGGCCUUAUCACGACAAAUAAUGUACUGUUCAAACCUUUCAAAAACCCCAAUUCUGUCAUCAGAUUUUCCCCUACUAGGGAGUCUGAUGCAGGGACUUACCGAUGCGAUGUGCAGUUGUUGAAGACAUUCAAAGUCAUCAAGAGGGUCUACUUUGGGGUCAGAGUGAUCCGAAGUGACUUAGUGGAUCUGAACUUUCAAAAAUCCUUGACUUGGGAACAGAAGUUAGCAGCAAAUGAGGUGGAAGGAAACACAGAAAACAGCACCUAUGAAGAAGUGCAAGAACAGCAGCACUUUUGGCAAGGAGAAUUGUUUUAUGAAUGCUUGGUAGGAGUUGGAAGCGGAGUGAUGGGGGGUAUCUUGGUGAGCAUGGCACUCUGCUUCUUGCAGAAGAUUUUGAGAAGGAGAGCUGCAGAGUAAUGAACUGAGAUUUAAUACAAUUUCUUGUCUCUGUCUCUUUAUUAGUAUUGAUGCAGUAUUUCACGGCAAAGUUUGUAAUUUUUUUUUCUGGCUGACAGAGUUUAUUACCAAAUACUUUCUUAAGCUUUGGAGUCUGAUAAGUUAGUACAGGACUGUAGAGACAGAGCUUGAGUCUUAAUGGAAUAGUGCAGACAGUAGCUCCAGAUGGGGCAAGGCAGUUUGGCUCCACAUUGUGUGAAAGGAUGGUCUAGAAUGGUCCAGACAGGAGUUAGAGGACACUGAGCCACAGAAAACUGCUCACUGCUAAUUACCUUGCUCUGCUCCUCUAAUAGGCCUUUAUUUUACCUCUAGGUGUUUGAGGUUUUUUUUAUUUAGCUAAUAACUUGCGAUCCUUAUUCCUGUCUUAAUUCCUUGAAUUUCUUCUGCCUUGCUGAGAACUCUGUGGUGAUGUGAGCUGACACAGAUCGCUGUUUGGUAGAUGGUGUUUCUCCAGCACGAGGUGCAAAGAAGUAAGGAUGCUUUCGAGGUGGGCUUACAAACCAAGUUUCCUGGCUGGCUGGCGUCCUUUCCAUCAGAUCCAAGUGGUCUGGUCUCAGUAGCUGUGGGGCAGUGUGGGGAUGAGGGGUGGACCACUACUGUCUGCUUCCUCUAGAAAGAUUUAGCGCCUUCUACUAGAGCCUGCAAAACUGUGAAAUAUCUUCAAGUGAUUGCUUGGAGCUUGCCCUGUUUCCUUUGUAGUGUAGAAUAGCGAAGGAGGGAGCAUUGGGUAGCACAAGCAAAUCUUCAAUUUGAGCACUGCUGCUUAGGAACAUAACUGGGUGGUUUUUAAUCAUCACUCGGAGCUGAGCUCAUUCCUAAAAUCUUUAAAGGGGGAGGAAGGGAAGAGUUCAGUGGGCUUGUGGAUCUUUCAUU